GGUGCUCAGUAUCCUUGAGAAAGCACUCGGCCACACUGCUAUAAGAGCCAGACCUUGCAGAAGUUGAAUCAUUCUGAAGAAGUUUUGCCUCCCAAGCUGAUUCUCCCCCUUUCCUUUUUCUUUCUUUCUUUCAAUGUUAGCCAGAAAUAGUCUGCGCAUUCCAGCACUGGGCAAUCCCAGCUGCUUUCGGACCUUGUGGCCGGCUGAAGAUACUCAACUCCUUGGCUACCAUGGGAUUCACACCAUCUCUGGGGAGGUGUAUCCUUCGUCUCUUCAAGGGAAAGUAGCCAGGCCAUUCAACGAAUUGCCGGGCAACUGGAAAACCAGCUGGCUCAACUUGUAUCGCUUCUGGCAGGAAGAUGGUUUCCGCAAUGUUCACAACAUUAUGGUCCACAGAUUCCAGAAAUUUGGGCCAAUUUACAGGGAGAAACUGGGCAAUUACGAGAGCGUCAAUAUCAUUGAUCCUGAAGACGCUGCUACUGUUUUUAACACAGAAGGCCUGUAUCCAGAGAGGUUCAGUGUUCCUUCUUGGAUGGCCUACCGUGACUUCCGGAACAAGCCAUACGGAGUGCUUCUCAAGAAAGGUGAAGCUUGGCGCCAUGACCGCCUGACCCUGAACAAAGAAGUCCUGUCUCCUCGGGCCAUGGACAAAUUUGUGCCUCUCCUGAAUGAGGUGGGAGAAGACUUUGUCAAGCGUGUCUACAUGCAAAUCGAGAGGAGUCAACAGGGAAGAUGGACAGCUGACUUGACCAACGAGCUUUUUCGUUUUGCCCUUGAGUCUGUUUCCAAUGUCCUGUAUGGGACACGCUUAGGGCUCCUGCAGGAUAUUAUUGACCCAGAUGCCCAACAGUUCAUCAACGCUAUCACAACCAUGUUCCACACCACAACGCCAAUGUUGUACAUCCCUCCAGACUUUCUGCGUAGGAUCAGCUCCAAGACUUGGCAGGAUCAUAUAACGGCAUGGGACAUUAUCUUCAUGCAAGCUGACAAGUGCAUACAGAAGAUCUACCGAGAUCUCCGUCAGAACCGGAAAAGCACCAAAGAAUAUAUGGGCGUUUUAGGAAGUCUAUUGUUGCAGGACAAGUUGCCAAUCGAAGAUAUCAAAGCCAACGUGACAGAGAUGAUGACAGGGGGGGUUGACACAACCUCUAUUACUCUCCUUUGGGCCAUGUAUGAACUGGCUCGAGCUCCGGCCCUGCAAGAGAAGCUGAGAACAGAGAUUGUUACAGCCAGAACUGCUGCAAAAGGUGAUAUGCUAAAGGUGCUGAAAUCGGUCCCGUUGCUGAGAGCUACCAUCAAGGAGACAAUAAGGCUCCACCCAGUUGCAGUGACCGUACAGAGAUACACAACAGAUGAGAUUAUCCUUCAGAAUUAUUUUAUCCCUGCCAAGACAUUGGUGCAGGUAGGAAUUUAUGCCAUGGGUCGGGACCCCCGGUUCUUCACCAAGCCUGAGCAAUUUAACCCAGAAAGGUGGCUGAGCACAGACUGCAAACACUUCCGAGGACUGGGCUUCGGCUUUGGGCCGCGACAGUGCCUCGGUCGGAGGAUCGCAGAGGUGGAGAUGCAUCUUUUUCUGAUCCAUAUGCUCGAAAACUUCAAAAUUGAAACCAAGAGAGGAGUGGACGUCGGUACCACUUUUGAACUUAUCUUGAUGCCAGACAAACCAAUCUACCUAACGCUACGGCCUCUCAGCUCCUAUCCAUGACUAGGAAGAGGCUUGCCAACCUCCAGGCAACCUCCAGGCAACUGAUCUCCAGACAACAGAGAUGAGCUCCCUCGAGAAACUGGCUGCUUUUGAGGGGGGGGACUCGACGGCAUUAAGCCCUAUUGAGGUCCCUCUACCUACAAAUCUCCAGGAAUUUCCCAUCCUAGAUUUGGCAACCCUAAGGCCUUCCCAAGAGCCUUUGAGAUGAGGCUAUAUGGAGCCACUUUCAGGUGUUAUAAAUGUCAUUAUAAACCACAGGAACAUUUAUUUAAGUCCAGGUCUGCCCCAUCACGUACAAAGCAGCCUAAGGUAGUGUGUCCAAUUUUUUAAGCACAAAAAUGGGAAUGUAGACGUGGUCAUCUUCCUCCAGUCUGCUUCAUGGGAGACGACUGGAAUUAAACAAAUAUGUUAUGCCUGGUUUGGUCCUCAAAGCCAAGGAAAAAGGCUUGACUUAAAUAUGGAUAGAUAUAGGUGAUGGUGGGAAAAAACAGCCAACUACAAAAUAUAAUAAAAUACAAAAUAUAAUGUAGUAAUAUAGUAAUCCCCCAAAAAAUCUGGAAGAAAAAGAAUAAUAUUUUCCUGCAAACAGAAUAAAGUUUGCAACCACAUUUGGAUUUCUCAGUAGCAAAAGUUGAAUGUUACUUACAUUGUUCCAUAAAUGAAUGUUAUUUACAUUGGCUUUGGUACAAACUGGGAGCAUGCAUGGAAGUGCAGGAGAGAGAAUGGCAUCAAUGCCCCUCCCAAGUCUCUCUUUCCAGGAUUCUCUAUGCUUUUUGGAACUUUUGCAGGGUGCAUCCCACCCACCAUGGACUUGAAAUUGCUCUCAACCGUAUGUGCCUCUUGGAGCAAGCUUAAUCCAUAUCAGGCUAGUUCGUGCGGGGAGGCAGAGGAUAUUCCUUAAUUAAUUUAAACUAAUAAUUAAUUUACAAAGUCACACUUUUCUAUGUACCUGGGGUUAGCCUCCAAAUGUGUAGCACUCCGUAUUUUAUCUGUGGUUGGCUUGGAUUUGCUGCUUUUAAUCACCAUGAGCUAAUCUGUUUAGUGUUAGAUUAAGAUUCUGUAUAGAGUUUUGUAGUAGAAGAAGCUCUCCUGUGAUUUGAAAUUUUUGGCCAAACUGUUUUCAAGGUAAGUGACGUUGGUGGAGACUGAAUGAGAUGAUGGUGUAUGCAGAAAAAGGCUUAAAAUUCAAUGCACAAUUC